AUGAAGGCGCCACAAGUCUGGAUAAACGGCGAAAAGAUGCGAUACUGCCAGCAGUGCGGUCACUUUGAAAACCUGGACAUGUUCAUCGGCGCAAACAGGAGCUGCAAGAUGUCCCUGGACCGCCGCUCAGCGAUCGCUCAUGCUUCAAAACGGAAAGAACUGCGAUCAGCGAAGUCCCGGGAUCAGGAAGGCAAUCAGGAGCUGAGCGCCAGCGACAACACCAGCUCCGAUAAGGGUGAACGCAGCGGCUGGAAGGACCUUGACAGCACCUGGGGCAGUCCUGAGGAAAUGAUGCGAACUGAAUCCAGCAGGAGAAAUGUCCUUGCGUCAGCGACGCACGAACCACACCCUGGUCAGCGGGGCUGGCCAGGCGACAUCCCUAGCGCGCAACGAUACUCUAAGGGCACUUAUUUGCCGUGCGGUAAUCGCUGUACAGCUGUGCGUCUGGCGCUCCGAGGGGACUGCCUAAUCACCAGGUCUCCAACUGGGCCGAGCCUGCCGCUUAUAAACGAGGGACACUGAGGGCGGGGGGGGGGGGAAGUGAGAGCAACAAUAAUAAGCUCCAAUAGUGUAGGCAGAAUGCCGGAACUAUGGAGCUGUCAGCUGAAAUAGUAAAUUCGAAAUCUCAGCAAGCCAUACGGCUGCCGUACAUAACCUAGCUUAGAGGCUAUACUCGCUUUGCUCCUGCCGCAUCUAAGCUACAAAUAU